GCGUUACUUUUUCUGCCUCUAUGGUCUCUCCCCUAGCGCGCUUAGAGGAGGAGUAAGGUCUCGUUGCGCCUGCGCAGUCUACAGCCUUGGCCAUGAGAGUGGUCAUCGGGGGCGGGACCGGAUUUGUGGGCCGAGCUUUAACACAGCUACUCAGGAGCCGUGGGCAUGAGGUGACCGCCGUUUCCCGCCAUCCUGGGAAGGACCGUAUCACCUGGGAUGAGCUUUCCCGUGUGGGGCUCCCCCCCUGUGAAGGUGCUGUCAACCUAGCUGGGGAAAACGUCCUGAACCCCCUGCGGAGGUGGAGCGAAUCCUUCCGCCAGGAGGUGGUUGCCAGUCGGGUUGAGACCACAAAGACUUUGGCAAAAGCCAUUGCAGAAGCUGAGCACCCGCCUCGCUCCUGGGUCCUGGUCACCGGCGUAGGCUAUUACCGGCCGAGCCACACCACCAAAUACACCGAAAACAGUCCCGGCGGGGACUUCGACUUCUUCUCUCGCCUGGUGACCCGCUGGGAGGCAGCGGCUCGAGUCCCCGGCCAGGCCACACGCCAGGCGGUGGUGAGAUCCGGUGUCGUGUUAGGCCGAGAUGGCGGCGCCAUCGCCCAGAUGUUAUGGCCCUUUCGCCUCGGCCUUGGGGGAGCCAUCGCGUCGGGCCAUCAGCCUUUCCCCUGGAUCCACGCGAUGGAUUUGGCUGGCAUCGUGGCGCAUGCCCUGGAGCAUGAGGGCGUCAGCGGAAUCCUGAACGGUGUCGCUCCUUCCGCAGUGACCACCAGCAACAGGGAUUUCACCCAAGCGCUGGGAUCGGCCCUCCGACGCCCCGCCGUGUUGCCCCUGCCCGGCUUUGUGGUCUCCGCCGUCUUCGGUUCAGAGCGAAGCAUCAUGUUGCUGGAAGGGCAGCGGGUGGUGCCCAAGCGGACCCUGGAGAGCGGCUACCAUUUUGCUUUCCCCGACUUGCCCUCUGCCCUCCGGGACAUCCUAACCUGAUGCAAGGGGAAAGGGGCGGGGCCUAGAUUUAAUAGCGUUUUCUCCGCAGGCUAUGAAAGAAGGGAGAAUCGAGGGCGGUUUCCUUUCUUUGUGGCUGUGACUCCACCACCAUACUUCAUAUGCGUAGUGUUUUAUUAAACCGUUCAGGAAGGCUGGUCCGCUCAUGACCCGUUUGUGAAAAAAACAACCCUUCUCAUUCUGGAACCCCCCAGCAGCUUGCUCCAGGGCAGUUUCAUUUUGAAGAAUCAAAUGUGUCGGCAGUAGAAAUAGGCUUGCAGGAAGCGUUAUCUGCGGGGCCUUUUUCUUUGUAGCAGGAACUCCUUUGCAUAUUAGGCCACACCUCCCCGAUGUAGCCAGUCCUCCGAGAGUUUACAGGGCUCUUAGUACAGGGCCUACUGUAAGCUCUUGGAGGACUGGCUACAUCUGCGGGGUGUGGCUUAAUAUGCAAAGGAGGAGUUCCUGCUGCAAAAAAAGCCCUGGUUCCGUUUGCUGGUCAUACGAAUGUUCUAACCUUCCAUAUACCGAGUUACACCCUCGGUCCAUCUAGGUCAGCAUUCUGACAGUGAUCAGCUCUGUCUAGGGCAGAGAAAAGCCCUGCCCAAAUCCUUGAAAACUUAACUAGAGGGCGACAAUUGAAAUUCAGACCUUCCGUGUCCUCAACAUGGACUCUGCUAUCUCCCCCUAGUGGUGUUUGUGCUAAUUCCACCCCUGAAUAAUCUCCUGACUAAAGAGACCUUGCUGUGCUUCAAAGGAACCUUUUCCCUGGAACUAAGUUUGAAAAGCACUGUUACGAGCGCUGCCCAGGCAGGAGUUCCAAACUAGUUGACCUUAAAUGGAAAUAAAAGAUGCCUCUCGGUGCAAAGAAGCUUUUAGAAAUGCCAUAUGCUGCUUGAAAUCUGCUAUGGAGAUAGGAUGUGUGUAUCCAUUACUGUAGUGCUAGUUGUGAAUAGGGACAGACAGUUUCCCUCUUUUGUUUCCAAAGCCUCAUUUGCUUGGUUGUAUUUAUUGGUUAUAAGUCCUUUGUUUUUGAUUUGCACUAAGUGUGAGAACAACAUUUCUGGUUGAAACUUUUUGGUCUGUUCGAUUUGGAUGGAAUUUUCAGGGAUCGUUAUCUCUCAUCGCUCAAGAGAAGCCUUUUUCAGACAAAUCUCAGACAGACAAAAGGCACCCUGUUUUCUGGGCACUUGAAGGCAAAACAUGGAGAAAUAAAAUGAAAUGAAUAUCAUUCAACCAUCCAUCCGUUGCUUCUUGUUACCUAAUAGGUCUUUUCGGUUUCUUUUCUUCAUUAGUUUGAAAAUAAAGGAACAUUUCAUUCCCA